AUGGCGGGGCUGCUUGUCGAUGUUUACGGGCUGGAGGAGCUGUCGACCCCGGUCCGCGCCACCCAAGUCACUUGCCUAUGGCUGCACCACCCGCGCUUACAGACGAGGGCCAUCAUGGGCGCCUUUGGGCGCCGCGCCGUGGACGCGUGGAAUGAAAAGCGCCGGUCGGCUAGGCCUGACAGCACCGCGGCAAGCCGGGGACUCGUGGCCUUGGCAUUCGACCAGCGGAAUCACGGAUCUAGGCUGGUGGAUGAGCUGGCGAACGAAUCGUGGAAGAAGGGCAACGAGACGCACGCGCUGGACAUGAUGGGCGCGCCGGAAGACGAUGGGACGUCCUUUCUCGGCAGCCGGCACUUUCCCAGGGAUCUCGUGGAAGUGUGCCGCUCCGCCGAUCCCAAGGGCCUCGUGUUUGGGACCACCGGCUGCGAUGCCGCGCCGCAGGAACCCCGCCAGGAAGAGAUUGCCCAGUUCUUUGACCGCACGAUCAAGGGCAAGAAGUUCCUCGCGUGCUCGGGCGGCGCAGACAAGCUGGUGCCGCACAGCGUAUCGGAGCCCUUUAUGAAGUUCUUCCAAGCGGCCGUUAAAGGUUGGUACAAGGACGGGGGCGUGUCGGUGGAGGAUAGGGUGUAUGAGGGCAUCGGGCACUCGUUUAGCGAGGGCAUGGUGAGGAUGCUUUGGAGUUUUUGA